UCUUUGAAAAAUGAUGAGGCAUCAGCAAAAAGCGAUGUACAAAAACUCUUGGAAUUAGGCCAGAAACAAAGGGAAGAAAUGAAAUCGCUCCAGGAGACUUUUCAAAAACAGCUUAAUGAGGCAACGGAGAAGGCAGAAAAGCAGCAGGCCACAAUUAAUUUUCUGAAGACUGAAAUGGAAAGAAAAAGCAAAAUGAUCAGAGAUCUCCAAAAUGAGAACAAAAGCCUGAAAAAUAAACUCCUGUCAGGGAAUAAACUUUGUGGAAUUCAUGCAGAAGAGUCAAAAAAGAUUCAAGCCCAACUGAAGGAGCUUCGCUAUGGGAAAAAGGAUUUGAUAUUUAAGAAUAAAAUGGGAAGAUUCAUGAUGCAACAAAUGGAAAAAGCUCAGCAGCUUACAGACUUGGAACAAAAACUAGCAAUUGCAAAGGAAGAAUUGGAAAAAGCAGCUCUUGACAAAGCAAUCCUGGGACUUAUAAAAUACAAGAACAGAAAAAGGAAACUGAAAGAGGAAGAGAGGAAAACGUCUAACAAUCCGCCUUAUUCUUUUCACUACAAGGAUACAAGUGAUGUGGUUAUACAAGUAAAGCUACAGCAAGAUUGA